AUGAAUUUUUACGGGGGUCUGCUUCAUAGAGAUACUCAGUCUUGUAAGGCGUUUGCCUUCGUCGACCGCGCAUGCCCAGCCGCUAUUUUUAGCACGUUAGCUGCUAUUGCGUGGGAUAGACUCAAAAAUAUCUUACAGCCUUUUAAGAGUCUGAUUUACAGACCCCUUCGUUCAUAUUUAAUAAUGACUGGAGUCAUUUGGGCCUAUGCUGUGUUAUCUUCCAUUUCGUUUGUUCACAGUGUGAAGGUACAGACUAGGAACUAUUGUCGGGCAGAAAACAACAGUGAUUCAUGUAGACAGUACAUGUUCUGUGACACAUCGCAAUCUACUUGGCAAAUUCAGCUUUCCGAGACGAUUUAUUUUCUUGUGGCAUUUAUCAUGCCUCUUUCCUAUAUAGCAGUUGCGUACACAAGAAUUGCAGUUCGCUUGUGGAACAGAAGCAAAAAUGGAGCUAUGCACAGCGCUGUGGCGAAACACAAGUCAAAAUCUAUUCGCUUGUUGGUUGUAGCCGUGUUUGGCUUCGUUCUUUGCUGGGGACCAAGUAUUUUGGGCAACAUGUUAGAUAAAUUUCAAGUUUUUGACGGAGUGCCUGGAGUGACGAAAUAUUUUUUAAUGGUAUGGUUCAUGUUUAUCGCACCGGCAUCAAGCUCU